GUCAGUUCCCUCGUAGCUGGCGGAGCUGUGUGUGUGUCUGCCGGAGACACUUCGAUAAAAAGCCCGUAUCAGAAGCAGCAGCAUCAGCAUCAGGGCAGAGGGAAUCUCGUAUCUAAGCAGAGGAAUUGCUGUGCCAUCUUUUCUGUAUCUGUGCUCAAAGUUAGAGGCUGAAGAAGAGCUCCUUCACCAUUCAAGCAAGCCAUGCCCAGCUGAUGCCGGAUGCCAGAAACAGAAACUGACAUUGGGACUAUGUGUUAAGGACUGUCUCUUGAAUUCUUAACUACCUGGAGCCCACUGAUAUUCCUCUUUGGCUGUUAGUAGAAGUUGUUUUGGCAAUGGGGAGGAAGAAGAUUCAGAUCACCCGGAUUGUAGAUGAGAGGAACCGACAGGUGACUUUCAUGAAGAGGAAGUUUGGUCUGAUGAAGAAGGCCUACGAGUUGAGCGUUCUAUGUGACUGUGAAAUCGCCCUCAUCAUCUUCAAUGGCUCCAACAAGCUGUUUCAGUAUGCUAGCACUGACAUGGACAAAGUCCUGCUGAAAUACACCGAGUACAACGAGCCCCACGAGAGCAGAACCAACUCUGACAUUGUAGAGGCCCUCAACAAAAAGGAGCACAGAGGUUGCGACAGCCCUGACGCUGAGGCUUCCUACGUUCUCACGCCAAAUACUGAGGAGAAGUACAAAAAGAUUAAUGAGGAGUUUGACAACAUGAUGAAGAUUCAUAAAAUUGUAAGUUGCAUGAUAAUUUAUUGUUGGUUUUCAUCAGCUCCACUCUGCUUCAGACUGAUACAGAGAACAUACAUUAUGUUUCUACAUCCAGUUAUAGGCCAGAGCAGCUCUGCUAACAGAUCACAGCCUUGUUUAGUUUUGUCUGAAGUCUGUUCAGGGACUAUAACCCACUGGCUUUUCCCACCCACAUUUUCUCUUGCAUGUGUGUGUUUAUCCUCAGGUGGCCUGCAGGGCAGUCCUGAUCUGGCUCUGCAAAAUGGAUCUGGACCAGCCGUGAACGGAUUCGUGGGUUCAGCUGGAGGAGGCACUUUGGGAAAGAUCCUACCAUCAAAAUCUCCUCCUCCUCUUCCACCUCAUGGGAACAGCUUGGUCCCUGCCAGCCGCAAGACAGACCUCCGAGUGGUCAUCCCUCAGUCCAAAGGAAUGAUGCAAACACUGAGUAACCAAAGACUGAGCAGCAGUCAGUCCAGUCAGCCUCUAUCCACACCGGUGGUCUCCAUCACCACGCCCAGUCUGCCUCACCAGAGUCUGGUCUACUCCACCACUGGCUCAUCCUACAACAACGAUUACUCCCUGAGCAGUGCAGAGCUGUCGAGUUUCAGCUCCGCCGCUGGUCCCUCUCUGGGCUCCCUGACACCGUGGGAGCAACACCAGCUGAGCUCCAUGGGGUCAGGAAGCUCCAAUCUCUCCAUCAACACCAACCACAACAUCAACAUCAAAGCCGAGCCGAUCUCCCCACCCCGCGACCACCUCAACCCGUCCGGAUACAUCACCCAUCCUCAUGUUCCUCCUCAUCCUCAUGCCUCUGCCUCCUCAUCCACCCGAGGAGAGAUGGGAAGGUCCCCUGCAGACAGCGUCAGCUCCUCCUGCAGCUCCCACGAGGGCGGCAGCGACCAGGAGGAGCACCAACGGCCGGACUUCCACGCGCUCCCCGUCAGUCAGUCAGAGAGCAGAGAGAGUCCGACGGUCAAACGAAUGCGAAUGGACAGCUGGGUGACAUAGAGCCCAGGGUUGCAUUAUGAGAUGCCGUCGGGGCAAAUGCAGGAAGGACACUGUUAUGCAAAACAAAUGUUUGUGUUACUGAUGUGUUCUGUUAGCUUUUCUUGAAAAAUUAUCUUGUUCUUUAUUUGAUUUUUGAGACGGCUUGAGUCUGAACAUUGUGGGUCUGAUAAACAUGUCACACGAUCACAAAAUCAUGUCGUACUUAAAAAAAUCCCACUUUUUAAACACAAUGAAAGCAUCACAGACUUAUAAAUGCGGGUCCAACUGCAGUACAAUCUGUUAUUUACAUAUCCUGUGGGGUACCAGACAUGCAGAAGCAUGACUGUGAGCUCAUGAUCUGGGCAGUAAAGCAGAGCUGCGACUAGAUGUCUCCCACUGAGUGUCAGCCAAUUCAUUCUGAACUUCUCAGGGUUUGAAGCAAAUAAAUGAGUCAAACAUAAAAGCAAUACUCCCUCCACAUCAUCAUCUCUGUUACUCCUCUUUAUAAAAACACUUAUUUAUAUCGGCCAAAGCAGUAUACUGUUUUUAUGUUGUUUUAGUGUGUUUUUAUAUUGUACAAAGAAUAAUACAAUAUUUUAUUCUGAUUUUAAACUGAAAACCAUGGACUCUUGUUCUGUAUGUACUACCAAAAUAUAUCUUUAUUGUUUUGUAUAUAGUAUCUUUAAUAUAUAUCACUUUUGGUGUAACUAUAUAGUCUAGUCAAUCUGUUUUAUCUGCUUGGGAAAAUUAUGAAACCUCGACCAUGUUUUACAAAAAUAUAUUUUUGUGGAUGAUUGCCAUAUUUGCAGAGCACUAUCCUGUCUAGCCUCAUCAAGUGUCUGCUGGAUAAAUCUGUUUUGUGAAGUACACCAGGCUACCCUCUCUCUCAGACAAUAUUUUUUUUCUUUUACAAAUGGGGUACUUUGUACACUACAUCAAGACAAAGCUGCUGACAAGAAAAAAAAAACAAGCUGUCUGAGAUAUGCACAUGAUGGCAUCUGCAGGCCUAAAUCGAACCAAACAGAUAAAAUGAGGUGAGAAUACAUGAGAUCAUACGGGACUAGAAAAAAUCCGCUUUAUUAAGUGGGGGGAAAUUGUCUGUAUCACAGGUCACCACAUGUCCAAAAUCAAACACAGUGGGCAUCCUGGGAGCUCAGUGGUUAGGUCACAUGCCACAUGAGUGCACAUGCUGUUGGCAGCAGGGUCCUGGCUUCCCUGCAGACCUGACCUUUACCGCAUGUUAUUUACCUGUCUAUUGCUGCUGCUCCUAUCAAAAUAAAGGCAAAAAAAUUCUUUAAAAAGAAAACAGUCAUAGGAA